UAUGGGAAAACAAACUAAAACCGAACCGAAAUCCCUGUUCUUAUUAUCUUCCUGUAAGUGCAGCAAAUUCCUGUUUAGAAAGGGAAAAAAAACAUGUUACAGUGAACAAGAAGAUUACGAGAGAAAGAAAAGAGGGAUAACAACUAAGCUGACCUUAUCACCUUAGCUAGGUCCACAGCUACUCUAAAUGCUAAGUAUAUUAUAUCAACGAUUACCCACUAGCAAAAACCAUGGUUGGGAUUUUCUCCAGAUUUUCUGUUGGCAGGUCCGCCCAUCGACGCUUCCCUCAUGAAAGAUAUGUUAUGCCCCCGAAUCCGGAUGUAGCCGCUACAGCUGAUGCUGCUAGUGCGACGGCCACUGCACAUGGAAUUGAGGUAGCAGUUGAGUUUAAGCCGUUUGAACGCCCGAUCGAGCCUUUGGACAGUGAUCGGAUGAUCAGUGCCCCCCUACCUGAACCUUCAAUUCUAAACAAUGGAAGCAUCUGGAAGGAGCAAGUGUCGGCUAACGUAAGGAGAGUCGAGUUGCCGGUUAUAAAGGAUGGAGACACCCUUGAAUCCAAGGCUACCGGAAUGAAACCCCAACCCACUCAUCAAGCCGCUUGAUUUUACCAUCUGUAAGUGCCCCGGAGCGUAACUUAUUGAAUCUCCUCGAAGAAGGUAAUGCAUCCGGGAUCUAAAGCCUGGUGUCGAAUCUUGAUUACAAUUAAACUCGGAAUAAUUCGCAUAUAUAUACCUUUCAAGUACAGGACGAAAUAUUCAAUAUUCGCAUUAAUGUCAUUUGUUUUAACACCUUCGCUAUGGUCUUCAGUGCAUGGGUACUAUGACAUAAGUAGGUUACAUUCGGUACUGUUGUUACCGGCCGGCGAUGGAUGAUCGUUCUUGUUGACUGCUUUUCGGGUUCCCGAGAAAUUGCUUAUGUGUUUAGAUAUAGUUUUUUCUCAUCUUCGAAUAAGUACUCAUUUUAAUCGAUGUUUGGGUGCUGUAAUUUUACAACAUUUUAUGAUUCGGGAUUGAAUCCAAGACCUAAUGUCAACCAGAAUUAAAAUAAGAUUCUUUGUCAAUACAUUACAUUAGAAGAAAAUGAAUAAUUAUUGGACGGACUCUUAACGCCAAAUACAUACCGUA